UCACGACAAGCUGAGGAUAGGGAUUGGACCAUUCCUAACUUGGUUCUUUUCUCUCUCCUUUCUCUUCAACCCUCCAACCCUCCCCAGAUUGUGACAGCAGUGAAGUUUCUACAGAAUCCGCGUGUCCGCCAAAGUCCUCUUGCAUCCAGAAGAGCAUUCCUGAAGAAAAAAGGCCUGACAGAUGAAGAAAUCGACUUGGCUUUCCAGCAGUCAGGCACGAGCACGGAUGAGCCACAGUCCCCAGGUCCUUCUACACACCCUGUGCCAGCUCAGCCCCCUCACCCCGUGGUGUAUAGUCCCCCUGGCUCCAGAUGGAGAGAUUAUGGGGCUUUGGCUAUCAUAAUGGCAGGAAUUGCCUUUGGAUUCCACCAGCUCUACAAGAAAUACCUGGUUCCUCUCAUCAUGGGAGGCAAAGAAGACAGGAAACAACUUCAGAGGAUUGAGUCGAACAUCUCCGAGAUGAGUGGCAGCGUGACACAGACAGUCACUCAGUUACAGACAACUUUAGCAGCUGUCCAGGAGCUGCUAAUCCAGCAACAACAGAAAAUCCAGGAGCUCACCCAGGAACUCGCUGCUUCUAAGGCCACAACUUCCACCAACUGGAUUCUGGAGUCACAGAAUAUUAAUGAAUUGAAAUCUGAGAUCUACUCUUUAAAAGGACUUCUCCUGAACAGGAGGCAGUUCCCUCCCUCCCCUUCUGCUCCUAAGAUCCCAUCGUGGCAGAUCCCGGUGAAGCCAAGCUCACCCUCCAACCCUGUUGUUGCCAACCACAACAGCAGCAGUGACAUCUCACCAGUCAGCAACGAGUCGACCACCUCAUCCCCAGUGAAGGAGAACCACAGCCCCGAGGGGUCCAAGGUCAGCUGCCACCUGCUGAGCACGGACGAGGGCACCAAGGCCGUGAUCGACGUCACGAGCCAAGUGCGGAUGGAGGUGCAGGGCGAGGAGGAGAAAAGGGAAACCAAAAGGAAUGAAGAGGAGGAAGAGGACGAUGAGGAUGAUGAUGUCAGCCAUGUGGAUGAGGAGGAAUGUCUGGGUGUCCAGACUGAGGACCGGCGAGGAGGGGAUGGUCAGAUUAAUGAGCAAGUGGAAAAGCUACGAAGACCUGAGGGGGCCAGCAACGAGAAUGAGAUUGACUAAGCCACCCUGGCUGCUGCUGCUGCUGCUGUACAUCUUCCCUAGCCUCCUGCACUGUCCCCAGUGCCUCUCCCAUUUUGUGGAGAGAAGUGCUACCAUCCCCUCCAGUGAUUCUCCCAUGAUUGACCUUGAGCAGGGUCACGAUUGCCUGGUGAACAAGGUGGGCCCUGUUUCACCCAGGGCUUUGCAGUGUUGCAGUGGCUUCUUCUCCCCUCCCAGACCAUCUCCCCAUGAGCUGGGGUCACUGCCUAGGCUGGAAGACCGAUCGCCUUACCAUGCACCACAGCUAAGGAGUAAGCCCUCUUACAGAAACACCAUCUCCUGAAACAGCCUCUUGCUGCAUCCUAGAGCCCUUCUGUCCAAUUUCAGAAACAAGGCUGUCCUGAGCUCCUUGGUUUCACAAGCCUUUAAUCCCCACAUAAGGCCCAAAUCAGUUCUCUGUUUCCCAAAAUAACUCUCUGGUU